GAUCUCGAAUUCUCGACUGUCACCACCUUCACUCUUCAUCUUGAUUCUCCGCUUACACAGUAUUCCCGUUGCCCCUCACCCGCCCGCCAACUGAUUCCGCCGAAGGCCUAUUCUCAGUCCACUACUCUUGGAUACGACGACACGAUUGGUUAUUGGGACAAUUGAGAGAGCCUCGCUUGGGUGGUUGUAACAACCCGCCUGCCUGGCUAUCCACCGAUGAUCUAAACGACGCCGUCAGACUGCGGCAAUCGCGAUGCUGAGCACUCAAUCGAUGCGAGCCAGCCUCCAGGUGGCUCCCCUAUCAUUUGCGAAGGUUCACACCGAAUCGACUGGAGAUGGAUCAGCAACAACCGACCCGGACACGAACCCUUACUCGCAGUCACACAUGACGCCUCCGGCAACUCCCAAUGGCUCGCAGGAAGAUCUCUCACCACAAUACCUGGCACCUCCAGUCUUUCACAACUUUCUGCGAGCCUUCUAUCCUUUCAACCCUAGCUAUGCCAUGUCCGACACGAGCGUAACGCUCCCGCUCAAUGAAGGAGACGUUAUUCUGGUACACUCCAUCCACACCAACGGCUGGGCCGACGGAACUUUGCUCGUUUCCGGUGCCCGAGGAUGGCUCCCCACCAACUACUGCGAAGCUUACGAGCCCGACGACAUGUGCAGUCUACUCAAAGCUCUAUUGAACUUCUGGGACUUGCUGCGGAGUACCACUGUCAAUGACAGAGAAAUCUUUGGCAAUCAAGAGUUCAUGAAGGGCAUCAUCGCCGGCGUGCGGUUCCUAUUGGAACGCACGAACUGCUUAAACCGGGAAUCCCCGUUCAUUCAGCGAAACGAAACCCUCCGCAAGUGCCGCAAGUCGUUGCUCUCGGAACUGUCAUCGCUGGUCAAGUCGGCCAAGCGGCUACAAGAAUCACAACGGCCAGUACUAACUCCCGUGGAAGACGUCAAUGAUAUCGUCGACGAGAUGAUCCUCAAGGCGUUCCGGAUCGUAACGAAGGGCGUUCGGUUCUACGACGUGCUGGACGAAGACCGCCGGGCCCGCGCGCCAGCCUCGGUCACCGUCAUGGCUACAGUGCUCGAGGAGUCCUACGUGCCCCCAACGCCGCCGGCAGACCAGGGAACGUUUGACGAUCAAGCCCCACGCUCAGUAAACGACACAGACUCUCAAGCGGCGACGAGUGUAGCAACCUCAGAGUCCAGUGAGAGCACUCAGACGACAAUGGCUAUUUUCAACAGGAGGCUGUCCUCCUUGGGCUUGCCUACAGGCCCAAGCUCCCACCGGCUGUCUCAGGCCAGCUUGGUCCAAGCUCACCGCUUGUCCGCAUCCAUCUCCCACAGAGUUUCGCUAGCUGGCCCUUCACCUCUAUCGCGUGCCCAUCACCUCGUCUCGGAGCGCCUGAACCGAACUCACGAUACCUUCCUCUCGCAUCUCGGCUCCUUCAUCGGCCGCCUGCAUCUCCAGUCGCAGUCUCGCCCCGAACUGGCCUCCGCUAUUAAGCAAUCCGCCCUCUCUGGCGGAGAGCUCCUGGCUGUGGUCGACGGCGUCUAUGAGCACAUCAACUCGAGCUCCGAAGUCCUGGCGCUGGCGCGUGCGACCAUGUUUGAACGUAUCCAGGACCUCGUCUUCUCCGCUCGCGACACCCUUGCCAAUGCCGAGUCUGAAGAGGCCGAUGUGAUCAUGCCCCAGGACAACAGCAUCCUCCUGAACUCGGCCACUGGCUGUGUCAGGGCCGCUGGUGACUGUGUCGCCAAGGCCAAGGUCGCCAUUGAGCGUAUCGGUGACUUCGAGUUCGAAUUAGAGAGCAGCAGCCUCGGUAUCGACCUCAGCAUCCUCGAUAUCGCACCGGAGGAGAGGGCUAGGACUCCCGUUUCUGAGCCUUCCAGCAACCCCAGCGUUGUCGAGGAGUCACACCGAAGCUCUUCUGGCUCAUCUACCGUCGCUCCCGCCGCUCCUCGACGAUUGACGCUCACUGGCGUCGACAAGCCUCUUCCCGAAGUUCCUCAGGACGCCACCACCCCGACUGAGGAACAGACACCCCAGAACCCUUCUCCCGCCUCGUCCCGACCCUCGUCAGCGAAUGGCGACGGCCUUUCCAGCAUGGCCUCCUCCAUCUCCUCGCUCCGACCCUCGCUUCCUCCUCUACCUAAGCUAUCUACCACCCUCCUUCCCAGCGAGGACUACAGCCCUGUCGACAACCACGACAGCGAUUUCGCCUCCACUUCCCGAUUCGAUAGCAUGGUUGCCUCCAGCGCUGGCAGUAGCGCCACAUAUCUUAGCCGGGACUCCGAGUCCAGCAUCCUUUCUCAGUCCUCCACUCGGGCUACUACCCCCGAUCACACCAUGGCCCCCAGGAAUCAGCCUUCAAUGUCCGAGCUGAGCACUACUGACAGCUCUUCCCACGCCGAGGAAGUUGACGAAGUUGAGUCCAGGCUCAUGGAGAAGACGUUUGCUCACGAGCUCAUGUUCAACAAGGAAGGUCUGGUGACUGGUGGUUCCAUUCAGGCAUUGGUCGAGCGCCUCACCACCCACGAGUCCACCCCCGACGCCAUGUUCGUCUCAACCUUCUAUCUGACCUUCCGACUUUUCUGCACCCCAGUGCGCUUGGCUGAGGCUCUCAUCGAGCGCUUCGACUACGUUAGCGAGUCUCCUCACAUGACCGGACCCGUGCGAUUGAGAGUAUACAAUGCAUUCAAAGGAUGGCUGGAAUCUCACUGGAGGGACGAGACCGAUCGCGAUGCCCUCGACCUUAUCAUGCCAUUUUCCGAAAUCAAGCUUGCCUCUGUCCUCCCUUCAGCUGGCCGACGACUCUUGGAGCUUGCUCAGCGAGUUUCUGGAGACGGCUCCCUGGUCCCCCGUCUCGUGUCUUCUAUGGGCAAGACUAGUACCUCAAUUGCUCAAUAUGUCCCCGCCGACACUCCCCUUCCUCAGCUGGCUGUCUCUAACCGCCAGAUCAACUUGCUCGCCUCAUUCAAGAGCGGGACUAGCGCCCCAACCAUUCUUGACUUCGACCCUGUGGAGCUCGCCCGCCAGUUGACUAUUAAGCAGAUGAACAUCUUCUGCUCGAUCCUCCCCGAGGAGCUCCUGGGUUCUCAGUGGAUGAAAAAGGGUGGCGUUUCCGCUCCCAACGUAAAGGCUAUGUCGUCCUUGUCCACUGAUCUCUCCAACCUCGUGGCCGAGACCAUCCUCGAACACCCCGAGAUCAAGAAGCGCGCUGCCGUCAUCAAGCAGUGGAUCAAGAUCGCCCACCAGUGCCUCGAGCUUCACAACUACGAUGGCCUAAUGGCUAUCAUCUGCAGCUUGAACAGCAGCACUAUCAGCCGGCUCCGCAAGACUUGGGACGCCGUGUCUGCCAGGCGUAAGGAGAUGCUCCGAACCCUCCAGGCUCUCGUGGAGCCUUCCCAGAACAACAAGGUCCUCCGCACCCGCCUCCAUGACCACGUUCCUCCUUGCCUGCCUUUCCUUGGCAUGUACCUCACCGACUUGACCUUUGUCGACAUUGGAAACCCCGCCACGAAGCAAAUGGCCCUCGGCAAUGAGUCUGAGGAGGAUGGCUCCAAUGGCAUCACUGUCAUCAACUUUGACAAGCACACGCGCACAGCCAAGAUCAUUGGCGAGCUCCAGCGCUUCCAGAUUCCCUACCGUCUGACUGAGAUUCCUGAUAUGCAGGACUGGAUGACGGAGCAGAUCAGGCGAGUCCGAGAGGGCGACCAGGGCAAUGUCCAGGUCACCUACUACCGCAAGAGUCUUCUCCUUGAGCCCCGAGAGACAGCUCUCCGUAUCCCUACUGAGCCCCAACCCACUUCCCUCGGUGCUAUUUCGAAUGCGAGCCGCACCGACCUCUUUGGCUGGAUGUCCCGAGAUCGAAGCAACCCAACACCUACACCUACACCAGCGCAAGUGUAGACACCACUUGCCACUGAAUUACCCGACUUCGGGUCAACAAAAUCAUUUCACCACGCGCGCACAUAUUACCACAAUCAGUAACUACAUUCAUCUUUGAUACCCCGAUUUUUUUUCACGGUCUUCAUCAGCAGAUGGGAAAACAUCGACACGUCCCUUAUGACUACUAUAUACAUCAACACAACGGCGUUAUUCAUAUACUGGGAUUAUUUUGGCU